UUUAUCUGCUGUGUGUGAGUGUCUUUCUACCUGGGUGUCAUAAAACGGUACACAGUCCAGCUAAUAACACGUCACACACACACACACACACUUGCUUUAACACUGAUGUUCUCAUCUGGACGAGAUCUUUUCACUCACACGUCCAGUGCAGUAUGACCGACGAAAGGAUGGAUGUGAAGAGGACAAAUAAGAAGAAGAAGGCUGAGUGCUGUGGAUAUCCAAUCAGCAUUUUCUUCAUUGUAGUCAAUGAGUUCUGUGAAAGAUUUUCCUACUAUGGCAUGCGAGCUGUGUUGGUGCUGUAUUUCCGUUAUUUUCUGCAUUGGGACGAUGACCUCGCGACCUCUAUUUAUCACGCCUUUGUGGCCUUGUGCUACUUGACACCCAUCCUGGGAGCCAUCAUUGCAGACUCCUGGCUCGGGAAGUUCAAGACCAUCAUCUAUCUGUCCAUAGUGUACGCCGCCGGUCAGGUGACCAUGGCCGUCAGCACAGUUCAUGACAUCACAGACGCCAACAGAGACGGCACACCGGAUAACCUGACUGUCCACGUGGCUUUGUCAAUGUUGGGUUUGAUUCUCAUUGCUCUGGGCACCGGUGGCAUUAAACCCUGCGUGGCUGCGUUUGGUGGAGAUCAGUUUCAGGAACAUCAGAGUCGACAGCUCAACACAUUCUUCUCAGUGUUUUAUCUCUGCAUUAAUGCUGGAAGUCUUCUCUCCACGCUCAUCACACCUGUUCUCAGAGCUCAGGAGUGUGGCGUCUACAGUCAACAGAAGUGUUAUCCUUUAGCAUUUGGAGUACCGGCUGCACUCAUGGUUGUGUCUUUGGUGGUGUUUAUCGCCGGCAGUGGGAUGUAUGUGAAAACGGCUCCAGAAGGAAACAUCAUGUGGUCCGUGUGUCAGUGUAUUGGGUUUGCCAUCAAGAAUCGUUUCAGGCACAGAAGCAGCCGAUAUCCAGAGAGAGAGCACUGGAUGGACUGGGCAGAUGAGAAAUAUGAUAAACUUCUCAUCGCUCAGAUAAAGAUGGUGUUGAAGGUGUUGUUUCUUUAUAUUCCUCUGCCCAUGUUUUGGACUCUGUUUGAUCAGAAGGGCUCGCGCUGGACUCUUCAAGCCACAACUAUGAGUGGAGACUUUGGGGCGUUUGUCCUUCAGCCGGAUCAAAUGCAGACUGUGAACCCGAUCCUCAUCCUGACGCUGGUGCCCAUCAUGGACCGCAUUAUUUUCCCACUCAUUAAGAAGUGUGGCCUCAAUUUCAGUCCUUUGAAGAGAAUGACUGUAGGGAUGCUGUUUGCUGCCAUGGCGUUUGUUGCUGCAGCUCUGGUUCAACUUGAAAUCGACAAAACAUUGCCAAAUUUCCCAUCAUCCUCUGAGAGUCAGUUAAAGGUGGUGAACAUGGGCAGCAGUUCACUGACUGUUACCAUCACAAACAUUGAGCCUCUACAGAUUGAACCACUGGAGAGCACUGAAGAUUACUUGACGUGUGGUGAUGAGAGCAUCACAUUGUCAUUGAACACAGAUCCUGUGAUCACGAAAGCUUUGAGUUUAUCGAAGGGUCAGCGUCAGACCCUCAUCAUCCCCUCUGACCUCAGACUCAUGUAUCUGAAAGAAGACAGAAUGUCCAAACCAGAUGAGGGAAAGAACGCCGUACGAUUUGUGAGCGGUUUGACAGAACUGGUGAACAUUACUGACCUGGGCUCCGUCGAGCCGUCUGACACGUCAAACUACACACUGCUUUCACAGGGAACAUGGAAGUUUGUUCUCAGCAGUGGAGAGAGGACGUGUACCUUUUCUCCAACACUUGGAUUCGGUGCCUCUCUCACUUUCCUCAUCCCCAGCGAUCUGCCCUGGACUGAGUGUGAUCGCGUGAUUAAGAAGGUGGAAGACAUCAAGCCGAACACAGUGCACAUGGCUCUGCAGAUCCCUCAGUAUUUUCUCAUCACGACAGGAGAGGUGAUGUUCUCUGUCACCGGCCUUCAGUUCUCAUAUUCACAGGCUCCAAAAAACAUGAAGUCGGUGUUGCAGGCCGGCUGGUUGUGUACGAAUGCGGUGGGAAACAUUAUUGUGUUGAUUGUGGCCGAGCUUGGAAAACUUCCUAAACAGUGGGCGGAGUAUGUGUUGUUUGCUUCACUGCUGGUGGCUGUGAGUAUCAUCUUUUCCAUCAUGGCUUAUUUCUACAAGUACAUCGACCCAGCCGAGAUCGAAGCUCACAUCAAGAGAGAACAAGAACUGGAACGGGAUGACAAGAGAGAGAACGAGACCGAGCUGAAUGAGCUCAAACAAACCAAGAUAUAAGUCACGCGUGGGAUAAUAUUCACGAAUACGAUUAAUCCUUCUGUUCAGUAUUUAUUAACUGACUGUGAACUGAUGUGCUUGUGUGACGAUAUGGAUUAUAACGCUGACGGAGUGUGAUUUGUGAUUUUCUG